GCGCGUGCGUCGGGGCCGCGGUGUUCGAGGUCGAGGAGGCGGGUCGCCCCGAUGAGGAUGGAUUCUUCUUGGUGGCGUGGCUGCAGGGAGCUUCUCGGGCCUCGCAGCGCGCGGGCGUGGCCUCGAUGUUUCCGUCGCCAGGGGCUGGCGUUCAGCUGGGCUUCGCCCGCUUGUGCCGCGCCGGACCAGAGACCUGCCCCGUGCAAGAGAUCGGCGCGCCUGGCGCGUUCGCCGCCCGCGUCGAGCGGGCGCGCCGGGCAGAGGGGCAGCUCGAG